AGUUGGGCAUCUCCCGGCGCGGCCCACGCUUGGAUUGCGUCCUACCUGACAGGUCGCUCCUACCAGGUGGCGUGGCGAGAAUCUGUCUCCUCACCACGCGCUCUCACCACUGGUGUCCCCCAGGGCUCUGUUCUAGGCCCUCUCCUAUUCUCGCUAUACACCAAGUCACUUGGCUCUGUCAUAACCUCACAUGGUCUCUCCUAUCAUUGCUAUGCAGACGACACACAAUUAAUCUUCUCCUUUCCCCCUUCUGAUGACCAGGUGGCGAAUCGCAUCUCUGCAUGUCUGGCAGACAUAUCAGUGUGGAUGACGGAUCACCACCUCAAGCUGAACCUCGGCAAGACGGAGCUGCUCUUCCUCCCGGGGAAGGACUGCCCGUUCCAUGAUCUCGCCAUCACGGUUGACAACUCCAUUGUGUCCUCCUCCCAGAGCGCUAAGAACCUUGGCGUGAUCCUGGACAACACUCUGUCGUUCUCAACUAACAUCAAGGCGGUGGCCCGUUCCUGUAGGUUCAUGCUCUACAACAUCCGCAGAGUACGACCCUGCCUCACACAGGAAGCGGCGCAGGUCCUAAUCCAGGCACUUGUCAUCUCCCGUCUGGAUUACUGCAACUCGCUGUUGGCUGGGCUCCCUGCCUGUGCCAUUAAACCCCUACAACUCAUCCAGAACGCCGCAGCCCGUCUGGUGUUCAACCUUCCCAAGUUCUCUCACGUCACCCCGCUCCUCCGCUCUCUCCACUGGCUUCCAGUUGAAGCUCGCAUCCGCUACAAGACCAUGGUGCUUGCCUACGGAGCUGUGAGGGGAACGGCACCUCAGUACCUCCAGGCUCUGAUCAGGCCCUACACCCAAACAAGGGCACUGCGUUCAUCCACCUCUGGCCUGCUCGCCUCCCUACCACUGAGGAAGUACAGUUCCCGCUCAGCCCAGUCAAAACUGUUCGCUGCUCUGGCUCCCCAAUGGUGGAACACACUCCCUCACGACGCCAGGACAGCGGAGUCAAUCACCACCUUCCGGAGACACCUGAAACCCCACCUCUUUAAGGAAUACCUAGGAUAGGAUAAAGUAAUCCUUCUCACCCCCCCCUUAAAAGAUUUAGAUGCACUAUUGUAAAGUGGCUGUUCCACUGGAUGUCAUAAGGUGAAUACACCAAUUUGUAAGUCGCUCUGGAUAAGAGCGUCUGCUAAAUGACUUAAAUGUAAUGUAAAUGUAAUAUAUAUUAGAGAGCGCAUCCAGAGGUGGAGGCCUUAAUAAGCGACUUUUUAGGGUUUGUUAAUUGGCUGGCGGUAUAUUUUCAGACAUAUUAUUCUCCAUCUCAAUUAGGGCUCUCAAGCUCCAGACAUCAAUAACGAAUAUAAUUCUAUUUCAUAUUUAGCGACAGUAAUGAAGUCUAACUGACCGAUUGCUUGGGUACCUGCUUCUUGUUUUUUUUACAGAGAUGUAUUUCUCAAAAGACCCACAGACAUUCGAGAGUAUGCAGCAAAUUACUUCACCGACCCAAACCUUGGUUUGAUCAUUGGCUCCAAACUGCAGGGCGAUCCUGCCGACACAGGCACAGACUGAAUCCUUACCGGAUUGUUUGGCAGUUCAACUGUUAUUGAAGUGUAAAGCUGUAACAGGCCUCUUUCUCUGUAUUGACUAGUUAUGUAUCAAAGUAACGUGAUAUAAAGUGGGAAUGUACUGGCACCCAGGCAGAUGUUCUUACUGAGCAUCAUUACAACAGGUUAGUUACAGGGCUACAGAAGGAUGUUUUAUACCGCUGGUUGAGAGGAAAAUAUCGAUUUCUAGGCCUAUAGGGUGGAGUGGACAGCCUCUUUACAGGAGUUCUCAGGGGAAAGUCUAAAUGGGAUCAUUGGGACGUCCCAACUCUGUUAAGCCAUCGAAGUUGAAAUAUAAAACGGUUAAGGUUACCGAUGUCCCAAGGAUUCCGGAUAGCACUAACCUUUUUCUCAAGCCUCAAGAGUUCCCCCUUCUGGACUCUUAUGUACUUACACUAACUCCCCAACUCAUCAGAUACAUCAAAAAACAUUAAGCAAGAUGAGGAAAUACUGACCAUAAGCUUAGAAUGAUCUGACCACACUGGAUACACAGUUUAAAUGUUUAAUGAAUUAAAAAUCAUCAAGUAA